GUGAGUUGUUAGCAGUGCAGGUCGAAAAAUUUGGUUGCUGUCUAUGUUCAGUUUUACUUAGUUCAAAUAUUUCUUUCAGAAUAAUAAUAGACAGGUAGAUAAGAUUGCAAAAAGACGGGCUGAAGCUGCAAACUACCUGAGGUUAUUUGGCUGUUCUCGAGCAACUUAUUACAGAAGGUUGAGGAAGUUAAAACACAGUUUAUGAAGAAGUGUCAGUUACCGAGCUGUGACGAAGAGACAGACAAUCCAGUUGUCGUCACAGAAUCGCGUACUACCGUAGCUACAGAGCAGUGGGCUAAUAUUGUCACAGAUACAGCUACUGUUUCAUUUAGUUACAUCCAGUGUUCAGACAACCCAAUCAGUGGUUGUGUGAUGUCAGAAAUGUCUCCAGCCAUUCAUCAUUCAAUCAGAGAACAGUUAGACAGUAUAGUCAUUGAAAUGAUGAAAGGUGAUUACAUAAGCAUAAAGAAGGCUGAUCAAAUAUUGGAUCUUCUUCGUGCGAGAUAUCCAGAACUUCCAACGUCCGUCCGUAGUGUUCUACGUCGAUGCAACGACGUGGAGCCUAAAACCCUGGAAUCGGGAACUUACUACCAUUUAGGAUUGAAGUCAACUUUACUGAGGACUUCAGAAAAUUGGCUACGUAAUCAAUUUUCAAUUUCUCACGCCUUGGCAUUCAUUCAUAGCAUCAAAGUAGGAAGUACAUUUUGGUGGACGACAGGAAGCAGAUGCAAGUGGUCUGCAUUCUCAGCAAAUGGCUGGUGAAUAAGUAUCAUUACGUUUAUCACGAUCAUGUUAGUGAGCAUUAUAUUGUUCAGGUGGUUGAUUUCGAUAGUCGAUUCACGCUGCGAAAACGCAUCGUUAUGCAUGGUUGUGGUAAGUUGUAAUCAAUUAACAUAAACGUGGAUGGCGAUCCAAAGAAAGGGUUAGCUAAAACCACUUAAAAUGUUUGUUAUAAUACAUAUGUUAAGUUUGUCCCACAUUGUUCCUACUCGUUCCCUUUCUACUCUUUCCUGUAUUGUUUAAGACUAUUUAUUAAAAUUCAGUAGUCACUUGUAUUCUCAAUAACUGAAGUUCACUUUAGGGAUUUCCCCAAAAUUCACAAGAUGUUAAUUAUCAUUGUAUUUAUCACUAUAAUCACUGUACUUUAAUUAGUGUAACAGCUUUUUACUUUGUGAUCAAUACUCAAAGUGAUAUAACUUGUCUCUUGUAUGUUUCCCUUUCAGCUGGCUUCGCAGGCGUUAUCAGACGUAACUAAUAUUGUCAAUGACAGUUCUACAACAGAAUGAGAAACUUUGUAUUCAUGGAUUAUUUGUAAAUUUAUUAACUGUAAUAAACAUUUAUAUACGCC